AUGGCUUCUUCGACAACAGUCCUUUUCAUCCCUGGCGCGUGGCACAGCCCUCUAUGCUUCGAUGCAGUCAUUAAAGGGUUACAAAACGACAGAUACAAUACCGACGUUGUUCACUUGCCCUCUGUUGACCCGGUCAUACCCCAUUCGGAUUUCGCGGAUGAUGUGUCUCAGAUCAAGAAGCAGAUCGAGAUUGCCGCUAGCGCUGGGCAAAGAGUUGCGAGGCAAUCCGCGGCUUGGAUUGGGAAACCCGUCAACUCAAUGGUCAACCGGGGGGUGUUGUUCAUCUUUUUUUUCUGCUGUUCCUUUAUUGUCCCCGAGGGAAAAUCCUUGAUCAGUUCUUUCGGUGGUGAGGACCUUCCUUGGUUCAAUGUUUCCCAUGAUCGUCUGCUUGUGACCCCGGCUACUCCCAGAGACACAUUCUACAACGACAUGACCGAAGUCGAAGCGAAGAAGGCUGCCGAUGCAUUAAAGCCACACAGCUAUCAGACAUUCCACAGUAAACUUACCUUCGAGGCUUGGAGAUACGUGCCUUCCACGUAUCUCUACUGUCUACAGGAUGCGGCAAUCCCGAUUUUUAUACAAAGGAUGAUGGUGGAAGAGGUCGCAAAAGGAGUCAGAAUUCACACCGAUGUUGUGGAUGCAUCGCACAGCCCCUUCUAUACAGCUCCAACACAGGUGGUAGCUGCCAUCAAAAAAGCGGACAAUGAGCAAAUCUGA